CCGUUCCUCUUCUUCUAUCGCUCCCCCUCUCUCUCACGCUUCAAGUGACCUCUGCUGCACAAUGUCUAACUCGUGGGCGAAAGGAUCUUCUAACAACCUGUCUUGGGGGGCAGCAGCGAGCGGCAAGCCUAAGUCAACCAAGGGGAGAUACGUACCCCCGCCCGCUACCGGCGGCGGCGCAGCUGGGUCUGCCGCACGAGCGGCGGCACCGGCUGGAGGGGGCAAGAUGAAGUACGUGCCCCCGCCGACCAACGCCGGCGCUUGGAACCGCCCCAAGGCUACUGGGCAAGGCCCUUGUCAGUGGAAGGAGCUGGCGGAUAAGGAGGAUGCUCAACUGAAGGCAAGCAAGAAGGUCAUGAGGGCCGAGGCGAAGCAGAACAACUCGGUCGGCAUGAGCGGGAACGAUAAGGCCGACAUCGCCGCAACCAAGAUGGAAUUCGACCUGUGGACGAAGACCGACGUGACGAAGACGAGGAACUGGGCCAAGGCGGAGGAGUGCAGGAUCCCCAACAAGCGUGUCGCCAAGGGUGGCAGACUGCACAAGUUCAUCAACAUCCUGUUGAACAACUGCGAGUUCAUCAGUGAGCGGCUCGCCUCGGAGAAAAGGUACCAAGAUGCGUGCCGAGACCCGACCUUGCCUUCCGGUCUCGACCUCAAGAGGCAGUUCGUGGCUCCCCUUGCCAAAAGAGUGCUGAACAAGGUGGAGGACGAGGAGAACGAGCAGGCAUUCAAGGAUGACGACCCGGACUCGGACGACAGCGAGGGGCGCGCCAUGUGAUGCGGCACGACGUGAUGCUGCGCCAUGUCCCACGUGAUGGCCGACGUUGUUUGUUAUUGUUGUUGUUGUUUUCAAGAGGUUCGGUGGGCGAUGUGCGUGGUCGGCCCAGCGGCGCACAGCCGGCUUCCCACCGCCGUGCGAUAGGCGUGGCUGGUGAACUUGACCAAAUGUGGUGCGGCGAUGUUUUGCCCUGCAUUUGGUGCCGGGCGUUGCAGUACAACCGUUUACUCUUUCUGCCGUGUGCAUUUGUUGGCGUUAAUGAGGCGUAGUUUUCAGAGUACGACGCAUCUCGUUCCGUACAUGUCUCGUGUAGCAUACUUCUUAUCUGAUGGUAUUUUUUUUUCUUGGAGAAACGGAAGUCAUUUACAAUCCUUUUGCUACAAGUGGUCGUUGAAAGGGGUAGUUCGGGAGAGAGGCCACAAAUUCAUGGCCGUCCCCGAGCCGUUAGACAACAAACCGUUAAGGGCGGAGCAGGGUUUAGGCACUCAUCAUGCUUGCUACACCUGACCGUUAGGGAUUUCCUCUCCUUGCAAAAUUGUUAAGGAUAAUUUUCUGGCUGUGACCACCGCUCUACUGCGAGAACCCAGCAAUGGUUGAUUAUUCUUUGUACAGCAGUGCAGUGUUGAUGGGUAAACAUGUUGAUCGAUGCAGAAAUCAGAUGCACCCACCUGGAACGAAUUUUGAGUGGUCAAGACUUCGCGGUGACGAUAUGUUCUUGAUCAGUCGGUCCAUGAGGUUAUACUUGUAUUUGUGAUCUAGUCUACAGGUAUUUCUUGUGUCGUCUGGGAGUGCUCUUCUUUCCUUCGUGUGUACCUAAGUGAGCGAGUUGUUUGUGAUGUUGGACUGGGUGGGCUCGGCCUCUAUCCCCCCCCCUGAAGCAGUACGUUGAAGGUCUGAUUGGCGGUAAGAAGGCCAUCGUUUCUCUUG